CCGGAAGCAUGCUAGCCAUGUAACAUCCCUCACUUGACAGAAAUUAAAUUCGCUGCUGGCUUUCUAGGCACCUUACCCAUGAGCGAAUUGAGACAAGCACCGCGGUGAAGCCACAGGCCCUGAGGGGGAGAUGACUAAGGAGGAUGUUUCAGAGCCUGUCGAGGGGGACACUGUCCUGGGCUGCCACACUAGACUCUCUUCCCAUCAGCGGCCAGUCAUCCACCAGGUGGCUUCUGCACCUAUGCCCAGUGACUGUGAGUUUUCCUUCUUUGAUCCCAGUGAGCCCCAGUGCAGGGAGGUACUUGUGGAUCCCAGCACCACCAUCCCAGAGCUGUUUGCUGUCCUCAGACAGUGGGUGCCUCAGGUUCAGAAGAACAUCGACUUAAUUGGCAAUGAGAUCCUAAAAAGAGGCUGCGGUGUGAAUGAUCGUGAUGGCCUGACAGAUAUGAGCCUCCUGCACUACUGCUGCAAAGCUGGGGCUCCAGGCAUUGGUGAUGCAGAGACAGCAGCCAGUUUUGCCCGCCAGCUUCUUGCCCUCGGUGCUGAUCCUAACCUCCGCUCUCGUUGGACUAACAUGAGGGCAUUGCACUACGCUGCCUACUUUGAUGUGCCCCAGCUUAUCCGGGUGGUGUUGCAGGCGUCUCUGCCUGGAGAGAUAGACGCUACCUGCAGUGACUUUGAUUUUGGCACCGCCCUGCACAUCGCUGCAUCGAAUCUGUGCACCUCAGCUGUGAAAUGUCUUUUGGAGCUGGGAGCAAACCCUGCUUUCAGAAAUGAAAAAGGCCAGUGCCCUGCAGACGUAGUGCCUGAUCCUCUAGACAUGCCCUUGGAUAUGGCAGAUGCAGCUGCUGUGGCCAAGGAACUCCGCACUUUGCUGAGAGAAGCUUUACCCCGGCCCAGUUCCCCUCUGCCCCUCACACUGCAAGCUCAGUCCCCUCCUGCUCUCUCCGAUAAGGCCAGGAUUCAACUUGCCAACAUGGGUAUCCGACUAGGUGACCGUGUGGUGAUAGCUGGACAGAAGGUAGGGACGCUGCGAUUCUGUGGCAGCACAGAGUUCUCUGGAGGCCUUUGGGCUGGAGUGGAACUGGACAAACCAGAGGGAAAGAAUGAUGGAUCUGUUGCAGGAGUUCAGUAUUUCACCUGUAGACUCAGAUAUGGAAUAUUUGCGCCUCUCUCUAAGAUAAGCAAACCUUUGGAAAGGCAUAAAAGCAACACAACAAAGACAUCCAUGCCCGUCCGCCCCCCUCGGCGAAUUGACCUAUCUCGCAUCACUUCUAAGAUUAACACAGGUUUAUCUACAUCUGUCACAAAAUCACCUGAUAUCCAAAAAGGUCCCAAUCAGGACCCAAUCACAGAGGGAGACGCCUCAUUGACAGAGACAGGUGUUCUGUCCCGCUCCCUGUCAUCUUCAUCCUCCUCACUGGACUCUCGUCAUGGGCCUGGCGUCCGACCUCGUCCAUUACCAAGACGUCUUCCUGCCAGGCAACGGCGGGAGCGUAUUUCUCCAAGUCCUAGGACUACACCUUCACCGGCCCCACGCCUGUCACCUGGAACCACUGCAUUUACUCCUACAGCUCUUCGAAGCCGAACACCUUCAGCAAAUAGUUCAGUGUGUGAGGGCUCUGAGGUGCGCCUCGGGGAGAGGGUGCUGGUGGUAGGCCAGCGAACCGGUGUAGUCCAGUUCUACGGCAAGACCAGCUUUGCUCCAGGGCUGUGGUUGGGCAUCGAACUAGACAAGCCAAGCGGUAAGAACGACGGCUCAGUGGGAGGAGUCAGGUACUUCAGCUGCCCACCCAAACAUGGCGUCUUUGCACCUCCCUCUCGUGUUCAAAGGAUCCAUGGAUCUGUUGAUUGCCUAUCUGAGCUCUCCUCAGCGCGCCUCAGUCAUUCUUUCAGUGGGACAAUCCGUCGCAGUUUUAGCACAUCAUCAGCCAUUGCUACACCGAAGGAGACAAGCAGAAGAAGUCCUGUUACCAGAAGCCGUUCCACUCCUCACCGUCGACGCUGGAGCACGCUCAGUGGAGGUAGCAGUGGUGUUUCUGGUAGUACGGCAGGCUCCAGCUCUGACGGACAGGUCCGCCUUCAUGUUGGCAUGCAGGUCCUGUUGAGCAGUGCCAAUGAGAUGGCGUUCAUCCGUUACCUGGGAACAGCGGACUUUGCUCCAGGGCUCUGGCUGGGCUUGGAGCUCCGAAGCCCCAAGGGCAAGAAUGACGGCUCCGUGGGCGGUCGGCGCUAUUUCACGUGCCGACCCGGCUACGGUGUGCUGGUCCGUCCCAGCCGGGUCACCUACCGAGGCAUCAACGGUUCACGCUUAGUCAAUGAAAGCAGUUGAGGACCUAAGGGAGGACCGUGGGAGGGUUUCACAACAGAUCCGUGGAAAUUUAAAAUGUUUCAACUCUCUUUUUAUAAUUUACUCAAAUCAUGGCAUUUUAUGCUUAAAUUACUAAUAUUUUAAUGUAGUGCGAUGCAAUGGAGGACAUGUGGGGUCACAUCUAUUUGUAGGUCAGAUUUGAACCGCUAGAUUUUUUUUUUUUUUUUUUUUUUUUUUUUUUUUUUUUGAAAAAAAUGGAGUAAAAAGCACUUUAUUGAAGAAAUGUGAAAUUCCUAUAAGGAUUUAUCUUGGCAGGAUGCUUUGAAGAAGUCUAAUAAGACAUAAAACGCUGCACUACUUUUAAUCUGAUUGCACUGAUAGACAUCAAUAUGAUAGAUCAGAAUUUAACAAAUUGGAUAGUAUGGAUGUGUACACAAGAAAGACUAUUUCUAUAGCCAAAGGUAAUUUUGAUCACAUCAAGAAAAGAUUUUAUCAGAUAAUUUAGGUGGUUAUGUAGCAUACUCACUAACCAAAAGUAUGCAUGUGUUUAUGUGCGUGUGUACGCGUGCAUGCGUGUAUUAAUUAAGAGCACUUUGAAAUGAGAGAAUGAUAGGUUUUUUCCUUGGGUCAUCAUAUUGGGUAUCAGUCUUAAAGAUAAUUGAUGAAAACUGAGUCAAAACUGGUUUUUUUAGCUGAUGAAUCAAUGUGAAUUAAAUCAGAAUUAAUUUAGGUAAGACCUCAAUCAACCUACAUCAAAACCAAACUCCAUCAACACAGGUUCAUCCUACACACAUCAGUCUCUGCUUCAGAUUGUCUGUUAACCACACGGAGAUGAUAAUGGGGCAGCUCCAUCUCUCCUCUACCUGCUACCCUGUUUGCUCUGAUUCCUCUGCUGAAAAGAGACUGAAACUACAACUAAAUGGCCUAACUGUUUCAUGUUUCCUGAAUCAAAUCAAAUGUCUAAUUGAGAUUACCUUGACAAGUUCAUUAAUGUCAGUUUGGGGACCCUAUUGAUGACUCAGUCUGGCUACAAAUCCAAUUUGUAAACGUUUCUAUUUUCUUGACCUGCUGUCGUCUGUGGCUUGUUGGUUUCAGUGUAUCUCACUGACGAUUUAAACUGUUUGGCUAUUCAUUACUUCACCACUGAGGUUAUCUUUUUAUCAGUCUUUUUUUUUCUCUAGCAGCAUUAAGCAGGAUUUUCAUGAAACUUAAAAUUUAGACCAGAUCCAUAAAAAGUGAUGGAUCCUGAAUUUUUCAUUUUUUUCCCCCAACAUUACUAGAUGGACUGAAUUACUGGACUAUGAGGCCUUGCCACAGGUAUACACUCUUGCAGGGCUCUUCUAGCCAUAGUUUAAUAUCAUUACACUUAUUGAAGAGCACAUCUCAGAAUACAGGAUGUGGUGCAAUUGUAUUUGAUGCCUAAUUUAAGCAGCUUGACACAGGAAGUAUGCAAUCACCCAGAAGUUCCAAGGAGAGUUUGCCAUCUGAUUAGAGCAGUCGAGUCAAGUCAGCAGAGAACAAACCAUUGAUUGUGCAUGUGGAAAACAGGCCCACUAUUCAGUAAAACACUCAUGUACCAUCCAAUUAGAGUGUGGAGGCCACAACAGUAGCUGCAGAAUCUCCAAUGGCCCUCUCUCAUUGAUCCGUCUGGUCAGUCCCCCCCCAGUGAGUGAAAAGCCAUGGAUUUAGAGCCAUAGGUUGUCUAAAAUAUCCACUGCGCAUCUGUGAUAUAAAAAGGGAGACUUUUAUAGCACAGACUUUAUGAAAUCCUGUUGAAAUAUUUUAAUCAACACUGUCCUCUUUGAAAAUAGCAGCUCAUUUGCAUUAAGGCCAUCGCUGUGAUAAUUUCUGUCUUUGAAAGUGGUCCACAUUUCCAAUCUCAUCUCUAGAUAUAGUUGCAUAUUUGUGCAAUCCCAGUUGUGUUAUCAGCACGAGUGAUUUAAAGUUUCUCUGACGGGGUGUGAAAGUCUUUUUGCGCGGUGCUCAAAUUGUUCAUGCUAUGUAUAUUAUGAUUUUGAAGUAUGUGUGUGAUGGGUUUGGUGUGAUGCAUUCACAUGUUUAAAAAAAAAAUAACAGUAUUUGUAUUUAAAAAAA